AUGGCACGCAAGAUACGGGCAUAUCGUGAGCUCAAGUCCAGACCACGGGAGUCCCAGAAGUAUGCCCUGGACUACGAGACGAUGCAGCGGCCUCUCACCGGGAAAAGGCUCCCUGUCAUGGCGUGGCAAGACGUCCAAAGAGAGACCAGGCUGUUCUCUUUGUUGUCCAACUUGAAGCUGUUUGGAGUAGGCCGCCUGUUUACCCGAAAGUCCUGGAUAGAAGAGCACCCUGAGCCGUGCUACUGGCAGAUCAGCAAAGUUAAGGUGGACUACACAGCUGAGAAUAUGGACCAUGGAUCGGCCUGGGGGAUCCUGAGUUUCAAAGGGAAUAAGGAAGCUGAGGUUAAAGAGAUUGACAAGAUCAUGUACCACGACUGGAGGCUGAUCCCAAAACACAUGGAGCAUGUGUUCACAGACUUUAUGCCUCUUCCUGCACCGCCCCCACGCUCCGUUCCCUACCCUCCACUGCUCCGGGCCAUGAUUCUGGCCAAACAGAAGAGAACUGGAGAUGUGUGCGAGGAGCCAGCGCUGCCCCUACAACGGACGGUCAUGUUUAACAAAGACUAUUUCAAAAUGAAGGAGCAAGAAAGGAAGAACAAUGAGGGAACCCCUGUGUGA